AUGGAGGUUCCUCUGGCAUCGUUGUCCUUGACUCAUGUUAAUUAUAACCCCGAAGAUCCUCUCUCCUACGUUUCCGCCUUACUGUCACUGGCCCCACAAGCAAUCUGCGUUAUUUAUCUUACCCUUAUCUGGGCGACGCGUGAGGUCGAAGUCCUACUCAUGUUUGCCGGUCAGAUGCUAUGUGAAGCCAUCAAUUUCUUACUGAAGAGGAUGAUACAGGAAGAGAGGCCACAGCAGAUCUAUGGAAAGGGUUAUGGCAUGCCGUCUUCACACUCGCAAUUUGUUGCCUUCUUUUCUCUCUCCUUAACAUUCUUUCUCCUUGUUCGGCACGUGCCCGAUGCUUCCAGCACCUGUUCUCCGUCUACAUAUACCCAACGAGCAGCUGUCGCGGUAUUAGCCUGUGCAUGUGCCUGUGCAGUUGCCAUAAGCCGCAUAUACCUAAACUACCACACACCCCGACAGGUUGUUGCUGGCUUUGUUGCCGGGGUGGUCUGCAGUGUAUUAUGGUUCUGGUUCUCAAGCCAGCUCAGGCAGUGGGGUUGGGUCGACUGGGCUUUGGAAACGCGGCUAGCAAGGAUGGCUAGGAUGCGCGAUCUGCUUGUCAGAGAAGAUCUUGUGGAGGCAGGUUGGCAACGAUGGGAGGAGAAGAGAUUGAUAGCAAGACGGGCAGCGAAAGCAUCCGGCAAGAUUAACUAA